AUGUCGGCAGACGAAGAUUCUUUCGUCGUUCCGAGCAAAUCUGGCAAGUCCAAUGGGACGAGCAAGGCCAAACCUGCCGCCAAGCCCAAAUCUUCCACCUCUGCGUCGGUAUCUGCUCCAAAGGCCAAAUUUGCAGCAGGCGCAGCAGCUGGGACGAAAAAGACGAGCACUGCGACGGCGACAAAGAAAGCGGCACCUUUGAAAAAGAGGAACUCGAACGAGGUUCAAGGUGAGGAGUUCGAUCCCGAGGGAGAUGAGAGCAUCUUUGAGAGACCUAGACAAGUCGCUUCUGCCGGCACUGGGAAGAGCGCCUCGGAGCAGUACCAAAAGCUGUCGCAAUUGGAACAUGUCCUCAAAAGGCCCGACACGUACAUUGGUAGCGUCGAGAAGCAUGAGGAUGAUCUAUGGGUGUACGAUGGAACUACCGAGGGCAUGGCUUACAGCAGGAAGAUCGCAUACGUCCCUGGCUUCUACAAGAUCUUUGAUGAGAUCCUCGUCAAUGCUGCCGACAACAAGGUUCGCGACCCUACCAUGGACACGAUCAAAGUGACGAUCGACCGAGAAGAGGGGUCGAUCACAGUGUGGAACAAUGGUCACGGUAUCCCCAUCGAAGUCCACGACAAGGAAGGAGUGUACAUUCCUCAACUCAUCUUUGGCGAGCUCUUGACCUCCUCCAAUUACGACGACAACGAGGACAAGGUGACGGGAGGCCGUAACGGAUACGGUGCAAAGCUUGCCAACAUCUACUCCAAAGAGUUCGUCGUGGAGACUGCGGACAAGGAGAGGGAGCUCAAGUACAAGCAGGUGUUCACAGACAAUAUGAGCAAGGCGGGCAAGCCGAAGAUCACCAAAAAUAGCGGAGGCAAGCAGGAGUACACCAGCAUUACUUUCAAGCCUGACUUUGAGAGGUUCAAAAUGUCGGGCAUCGAUGCGGAUACGGAGAGCUUGCUGAGAAAGCGCGUGUACGACAUGGCGGGAACGGUCAAGGACUGCAAAGUGUUUCUGAAUGGGGAAAGACUCAAGGUCAAGUCGUUCAAACAGUACGUCGAGAUGUACGUCAAGGCUAUCAAUGAGCUUAGUGGAGAGCCCAAAGUGGACGAGAAUGGAGACGAGAUUGCGAAUGCUCCGGCCAAGCAGACGAUCAUCUACGAUCAACAAGAGGACAAGGGUAGGCUUUGGGAAGUCGCUUUUGCAGUGUCAGACGGUCAAUUCAGGCACUGCUCCUUCGUCAAUCACAUCGCGACGAUCAAGGGAGGCAGACACGUGGACAUGGUAGCGUCUCAGGUGGAAUCCAAGAUCAUGGAAGCACUCAAGAAGAACAAGAAGAACGGACCGGUAAAGAGCCAGCAGGUUCGACAGCAACUUUGGAUCUUUGUCAAUUGCGAAAUCGUCAAUCCUACCUUUGAUGGACAGACCAAGGAGACUUUGACGCUGAAACCUAGCGCCUUUGGAUCAAAGUACACCGUCUCGGAUGAGCUGGUCAAGAAGAUCAUGAAAGCUGGCGUAGCGGAAAACGUCCUUUCGUUUGCCAAAUUCCAGCAAGAGAAGCAGCUGAAGAAGACCGAUGGCGCGAAGCGAUCACGGAUCACGGGUAUCCUCAAGCUCGAGGAUGCCAACAAUGCCGGUGGACGAAAGGCGCGUGACUGCACCCUCAUUCUCACUGAAGGAGACUCAGCCAAAGCGCUUGCCGUGUCCGGUCUAAGUGAAGUGGGCCGCGAUAACUACGGAGUAUUCCCAUUGCGUGGUAAGCUGCUCAACGUGCGCGACGCGAGCCACGACAUGAUUAUGAAGAAUACCGAGAUCAGUCACAUCAAGACGAUUCUGGGCCUGCAACACAAUAAGGUCUACAAUAGCGUCGACUCGCUACGAUAUGGAAAGCUGAUGAUCAUGACGGAUCAAGAUCACGACGGUUCGCACAUCAAGGGUCUCAUCAUCAACUUUUUGGACCACUUUUAUCCCUCGUUGUUAAAGCAAGCUGGAUUCCUCAUCGAGUUCAUCACGCCCAUCGUCAAGUGCACGAAGGGGAAGCAGGAGAAAUCCUUCUUCACCAUUCCAGAGUACGAGAGAUGGAAAGAGGAGAAUGCGGACGGCAAGGGAUGGGUCAUCAAGUACUACAAGGGUCUGGGUACCAGUUCGUCCCAGGAUGCCAAGAAGUACUUCAGAGCUAUGGACAAGCACAUGCUACCCUUCGAUGCCAUGCAGGAUAGCGACCGGGCGCUUAUCGACCUCGCAUUCAAUAAAAAGAAGGCAGACGAUCGUAAAGAGUGGCUGAGGCAGUUCAGACCUGGAACUUAUCUGGACCACAACAUCGACAGCGUACCCUUGGCGGACUUCGUCAACAAGGAGCUCAUCUUGUUCUCCAUGGCAGACAAUGUCAGAUCCAUUCCUUCUUUGGUGGACGGACUAAAGCCAGGUCAACGGAAAGUCAUGUUUGGGUGCUUCAAGCGCAAGCUCAAGGGAGAGAUCAAGGUAGCGCAGCUAGGUGGUUAUGUUUCUGAGCACUCUGCUUACCAUCACGGAGAGCAGAGCAUGUACAUGACCAUUGUUGGUCUAGCCCAAGACUUCUGCGGCAGCAACAACAUCAACCUCUUGUCGCCCAACGGUCAAUUCGGUACGAGAUUGAUGGGAGGUAAAGAUGCGGCCUCGGCUCGUUAUAUUUUCACUAGCUUGCCUAGCAUCACGAGACAGAUCUUCCAUCCUACCGACGACAAUCUCCUCAACUACCUCAAUGAUGAUGGACAGAGCAUCGAGCCGGAGUGGUACAUGCCUGCCGUUCCUCUUGUGCUCAUCAAUGGCGGCGAAGGCAUCGGAACGGGAUGGAGCUCAUCGUUGCCUAAUUACAAUCCCAAGGACAUAGUCGCCAACCUUCGCCGAAGGAUGGCCGGUGAAGAGUACGUGCCCAUGCUGCCUUGGUACAGAGGUUUCAUCGGACCCAUCCACCAAGUGGGACCUGACCGUUUCAAAUGCUCCGGUAUCAUCGAGCCGCACGACGAUGGAAAGACGUGGGAGAUCAAAGAAUUGCCCAUUCGCACUUGGACGUCGAGCUACAAGGAGUGGCUCGAAGAAAGAGUGGUGGGCACGGAAAAGAGCCCGGCUACGAUCAAAGAGUACAAGGAAUAUCAUACGGACACGACUGUGCACUUUGUCAUUGAGCUCAAUACGCGCGGACAACAAGAAGUCAAGGAUCAAGAGAGCGCAGAGACUUACUUCAAGAUGCACACGCUCAUCGCCACGUCGAACAUGGUGCUCUUUGAUCAAUAUGGCAAGAUCAAAAAGUACGCUACGCCAGAAGAGAUUCUGGAAGACUUUUAUCUGCUCAGGCUUCAGUACUACCACAAGCGCAAAGAAUAUCUGGUCGAGGAGCUCAAGAACGCGUUUGAGAGGCUAUCGAAUCAGGCGAGGUUCGUGCAGAUGAUCAUCAAGGGAGAAUUGAAGGUGUCCAAUCGCAAGAGGAACGACAUUGUGUCCGAUUUGAGAAGACACGAUUUCAGACCUUUUCCAAAGAAUGCCAAGGGCGCAGUCGCGGCCGAAGUGGACGACGGCACGCCGGAAGACGAGAUGGAGAAUACGGGCGCAGAAUCAGACUAUGAUUACUUGCUCGGUAUGGCCAUCUACACUUUGACCAGGGAAAAAGUGGAGCGCCUUUUGGCUCAGCGCGAAGAGAAGGAAAAGGAACUGGCAACUUUGCUGGGCCGGUCGCCAGAGAAUCUCUGGGAUGAGGAUCUGAGCAAGUUUUCGGAAGAGUGGCAAUCAUUGUUGGACGAGGAUGAGAGGAGGUUGAAGGAUGUGGGAUCGAAAAAGGGUAAAGGCGCCGGAGCUAAAAGGAUAAAAGGUGGAGGGGCUUCUGCUCGUAAAGUCUUCAAGGACGAAGAUCGCAGCGCUGUUGAUUCGGAGGACGAUUACAAGCCCAAAGUGGCUGCGCCCAAGAAGAGAAUCGCGUCUGGAUCCGGAGGACCUGCAAAAUCUGCUAGCGGUGCUGCUGCUGCCGUCGUCAAGAGGGCUACCAGUACCCUGGACGAUGAUGAUCUGAAUGCUCUGACGAAAGCUUCUGCAUCUGCCAGCAAUGGCAUCAAGAAAGCAAAGGUUGGAAACGGCAAUGUUCCUAGCGCUUUCAAAGCUGCUGCUGCUCCGUCGGACGUCGACGACAGUUUGGAAGCGGACGUGAUCCCUACGAAGGCUUCGAAGUCCAAAACAACUUCUAGCGCUAAAGCGCGCACAGCUUCGACGAGCGCGAAAAAUGCUCCGGCGACAAAUUCUAAAAAGAUCUUUACUUCGGACGAGGAAGAGUCGGUCGUCUUGACCAAGGCUCCACCUGCACCCGCUCGGAACACCAAUGCUAGAGCUAGAAAAGCUCCCGUCAAGUACACCAUUUCGGAUAGCGAGGCGGAAGAAGGCGUUUCGGAGUACGACGAGGACUGAGAGACGUCGCUUCGCCCUACUCGUUUUGACUCUUGCAUCCGCGCCUCUCGCCUUGCGGCGGCGGCCCUAGACUCCCCACUCUGACAUCGCUACAUCUCUCCGGAUGUCCCCCAACUCCGCUUUUACAUGUCCUCAGCUUGCUUGCGUUUCGUAAAUCUGUAAUGAUCCGACUGGACCGGGUCCCCAGCCCGCGACGCUCCUGUGACGAAUGUUCUACCCUUCUUGUAAGAGACUCCUUGACUUGCUCGUGAUGAAUCCGAAUCAGAUCCGCAAGUCUCGUGACGCGCGAAGCGUGCUUCACUCUGCAAAUU